AAAAAUUCACGAAGUUCUAACCAAAUAUACAGCUUUUACAUAUUUUGGGAGAUUUCGGGCAGAAUUAAUACCUUACAAAUAACUGUUAACUUAAUUUCAAUGUUUACUGGCAUGCCUGGAUGUGGAAUUUAAUCAAUACCACAGGUGUGUGGAGAAAUGACUGAAUGAAAAUGAAUUCCAUACACUGAUCGGCUCACUGUGCACCUCUCUGCAGAUAUAGUAUGUAUGUAGGUGUACUUUUGUUUAUUGAGAUUUUCAAAGAGAAACAGGAGAGGAAAGCUUAUAAAAGCCGGCUAACUUUUGAACAUUUAUUUUCUGAUUAAUAGAACAGAUUAGAGUACUCUUUUUUUAACGCGCAAAACAAAAAAUGGUAGCACUUCAAACCAGAAAAAGUUUCUUUUACAUAUAUUAAAAAAGAUUAUCAAUAAAUAUAACGACUCGUUUUACCGAAAUAAUGAUCGCAUCAUAGAAAUUAUAUUACCAAUUAUUAUCGAUAUUAACUCUUAAUUGCAUUACCUACCUUACCUAGGUCAAGGUAACCCAAUGCAGACAUAAACAGUUCCAACUUCCAAUGCAAAUGUGAAAAACAAAUGAAAGAAUUGGCUGCACUCUUUUGUGAAAGGGAUAAACGAGGUUAUAGUUUCUAUGGUUUUUGGCGUAUUUUAUGAGGUCAUUUAGUCUAUUGGGGGUAAAAAAUCUUCAAAUCUUCUGACUGAAAUUGAUAUCAACCGAGGUGGAUUCUAAAAACUUUAAAAUUUGUUUCUUCUUUUUUUGUUUUCGAGUUAAGUUGUGGAUUGUGGUUUUAAAAAUAUGAUUAUUAUUUAACACAAAACAUUUCUCGGUUCACAUUUAUCACAUUUCUGCUUAUCCAUUCGUUGGCGUUCGCAUGUGGCACAGUUACCACACUUGGUUCUUAUUCGAAUGAAGGUUACUGAAAGGUUAAUUAUUAAAAAACAUAUGAUUGCCUGUAAACAAAUUUAAAUAUAAAUAUGUAUGUGUAUGUUUGCAUUGUCAUUGCUAACCCUCAGCAACUGAUUCUAGAAUGAUAUAUCUGAAUAGGGAUCUCAUUCCCUCAAUAGCGCCCAGCAGGAUGCUGCACCUUGCUGAGCCUUUGUGAGUUCGUGUGAAAGAUGGAAGGGCACAGUAGAUCUAAAGCCGCGGCGCAAGCCUCAAUUUAUUUCUAUUUUAUUCUAAGCACUGUGAAAUUUAAUUUCAAACAAAUUAGCACCAGUUACAAAAUAAGACUAAUCCAUUAGGGUAAGAUAAGAUUAUUGAUAAGAAAUACCAUUACUCAAAAAAUAUCGCAAAAAAUAUGUAUGUAUGUUUCUAAUAAUUUCCACUUUGGAACACCUCAAUCCUUCUGAUGUCCUAUGUAAAUGUUUGUAAGAUUUAUUUUUUGUUUUUUGCCAAUCGCCUUCAAAAUUUGCAAUAUUAAUUGGACUAAAUUCCUUUCCAUAUCAUAAUCAUAUUUUCCAUACAAAAAUACAAACACACAUGCUCGUAUUCGAAUUUUUACAAGCCAAGAGGAAGCAUUAAGCUAUUUCAUAACUUUUGGAAAUUGAAGCAAACAUUACGAAUUUCCUAUGAAAAAUAGCCACUAAUUACACAACCACAUGAACAUAUCUGUAAAUACAUUCACCUUAUUAAUAUAUACUUAUUCAAAUGUAUGCAUUGCUAAGUGCACCAAAUUACUUGAAAAGUUUUCCGAUGAAACCUUAACUAUGGUCAAUUGAAGAAUUUUUCUACAAAUGUUGUUGUGACAGCAAAAGAAAACUUUAUUUUGUCAUAUAAAUUAGUUAUUUGUUGGCAAAAUUAGAAUAAGAAUUUUGCAAAAUAUAGACACAAAUAAACAAAAUAAAUAAAUAUUUGCCGGCUUUUGAGGUUAAUCGUAUAUACAUAUAUAUGCACUUCAACGUCCAAAUUCGUAUCGCUUGCCGCUCGCACAUAGACCGAGAGCUUUUAUUGUGCAUAUCCAACUACUUGUACAUAUGUAUGUACGUACAUACUUAUAUUCCUAUGAAUACAUGCAUUUUCUCUUACAAUCCGUCAUAUACAAAGGCGACUAUAAAAGCCGCUCCACUUGGUAGCCGAAUUCAGUCUCUUACGACCGUCACAAGUGUAUUAUUCUAGUAGCAGGAAGACAUUCGCUAACAGCAAUUGGCUUUGUUCGCUGCUAUUAACAACAAAACAUUCAAGAACAAUAAGCAAGAAUUGUGCGUGAGUCAUUUUAACUUCUCGUCUACGAAGUCCACAUUUUUUCACACAACAAAAUGUCACAACCCGUCGUACAAAUGACAGCCGAACAGCUGCAGUCACUGAUCGAAUCGGUGCGUUUGGCAGCCGUUGCAGGUGCUAGCGCUGCAGCACCCGCCACUCUUCACAGCAAAGGCAGUUUCACAAACUGCACCAGCCGUUUUGGUGGCCAGCGCGAUCACGAAGCUGUUGAGGAGUUCAUAACCUCCAUUGUGACCUACAAGGAAAUCGAGUCGAUCAGCGACGAGGAUGCACUGAAGGGACUGUCUUUGUUGUUCUACGGACUGGCGUCCACUUGGUGGCAGGGCGUGCGUAAAGAAGCGAAAACCUGGGGAGAUGCCAUUGCGUUGAUUCGCGACCACUUCUCACCCACCAAACCCGCCUACCAGAUUUACUUGGAAAUUUUCGAGAACCAGCAACGGGACAAUGUACCCAUCGACACAUUUGUCUGUCAGAAGCGUGCGCUACUGGCACAACUGCCAGAGGGGCGUCACGACGAGGAAACCGAAUUGGAUUUAGUUUAUGGUUUGCUGAACAUCAAGUACCGUAAGAAUAUAUUGCGUCAGGACCUUAAAACAUUCCGUGAAUUGCUGGAGAAAGGUCGUAUAAUCGAACACAAUAACUUAGAGAGCGAAGCAGAGCAGAACGGGCCAAUGCGUGGCUCGAAGCGCACCAAGCGCUGUACACAUUGCAACUUCCGUGGUCACACGUUCGAGGAGUGUCGGAAGCGAAAAACUACCAACGAAGGCAAUGAAUAAGUACAAACCACAUACCACUGCAUCAGUUCCAUGAAUUAACCAGACAUUCACGCAUACAACAAAUCCAAUGACGGCAACCUGCGCACAAUACCAACAACCACAAUAAAACAAAUUGGACAAUGGCGUCAUCACUCAGUGAAGUCGCAGUCCGAGUAGCUUGCGCCGCAACCAAAUCACUAAAGCAAAACUUUAGCUCUCAUCAACGAAGCUAUGCAGCAGCGUCGAACUUUGGUGAAUUUGAUAUACAGCGGCAACAGCAGCACCCAUACUACUAAGUCUUAGUAUAAGUUUAAAUAUAUAGUUAUUGCGAACUGAGUUGCUCACAGUUCUCUUCGAUUCUAUUGGCCGUUCUGCAUUGGAAGACAAAGUCUUUGUCUAAAAAUUGGUUACUAUUUCCAAUAGAGGAGAAGAGAACAGUAGUCUCUUAGAUUCGUCAAAAUCAUUAUACCGCACGCUAUGUCUAACACGGCUCCACAUGGCUACGAACGCCAUUAACAAUAACUCACAAUUAGUGAUACCAAGAAUUUUGAAUCAAACUCGGUUCUUCGGAACCACAAUACCGAGUCACGCAUUUGAUCAGCUGUGCUUCAAUAAUAUUGGAAGCAGUUUGCCUCGCUUGACAUUUCAGACAAUAUUCGAGUUUCUUUCUUCAAUUGAAAUCUGCAAUGGUUUAUGCCCUUGUUUCGUUCAAGCGUUGAUUCGUGUGCAUGCUGUAACUACUGUGAUCUCCUCGGAAUCCCAGUUAUUCAACAUGUAUUAACGAAUUUCGGCUUUUUCAAACGAGUGUCAUUUGCCAUUGUUUUUCAAUCGAAGAAUGAAAUAUUUGAUUUGUUGUUUGAAUUUCUGAGUUCGAUGGCUGAUUGCUUCCUCUAUGAAAAUGGCUGUGAAGAUGAGUGACUCAAAACUCCGUUGCAUUUGUCUGCGGUUGACUGUGGUACAAACGCCUUCGAGUGAAAGCUUGAUUAGAGCAUGGCUUUGUAUUUGUUUCAUAUGGUUUGGCUCAGACCGACAUUUGGUAGACUCUUGGCCUAGCAUUUCGGUGUUGUUCCAAGAGUUCUAUCGGGUCAGUGUGUUUCAACCCAUAGUUAAAGAAAUGCACAGCUUUUCUAAUUCUGCGCUCAUCAGGAACUUGGCUUUUGAACUCUCUUACUCGCUCUCAAAUGCGGCAAAAAACCAACCGUUACACAUGGAAGUGCUGUCUGACAUUUUGUAUUCCGAAUUAAUAUUGUUGGGCUAUACGACGAACAUUGGUGUGUAAACUUUUGCCAAUCGCACUUCAGUGUGUAUUGCUUCGGAUUUAUACAUUGAGUGCGAGCGGUAUCUGGUGGAUCCGGUUUUGUUUUCGCAUCGUCUACAUACAAAUUCGGUUCUCAAGCGUGUUGACAGUGAUUCUGCGUGUGACAAAAAUACAAUUUGCAAAUUUUUUUAGCGAAUUUCAUAUAUAUUAUAUAUAUUAAAAUCGUACUGCUACCAAAUUGUACAACGAUGGCUAGACUGUCGCCAUUCGUACAAUUGGAACGCCAAAUUGAUGAUUUGCAUGUCAAGCUUGUUUAAAUAACAUUGACUGCAGCUUCAAGCGUAUGGCUCGCCACUCAAAAUGCAUUCAUGCAUUUACUCAAAUAAAAUGUCUAGGACUGAUCACACAUUUACCUCCGGAAUGGGAUGAUGAUCUUAGCCUCUGUAGAAACCUCAGAUAUUGCUCAUGUGAUAUUGAUAUCCGCAGUGUUGAACAGCAUCAUCACGUGAGUGGGAACUACCAACCGGCCAUUUGCCGAGAGCGCCGAAUUUCGGAGGACCCGGCCCAUAAUUCGGUUUAAAUGGGGUUGGUGGUCUCACUUGCUAAUAGUUUAGCAAAAGCACUGCCACAUAAAUUCAAAAUAUCAAACAUUUCACAGUAUGAGAAAUACAUCUUAAUAUAAAUAUUAUCAUAAGUACCUAAAUCUUUGUUAAUAUUAGCAAUAAGUUUUGCCUAAAAACAAAAAAAAAAA